AUAUCCCAUAUUGGAAAGCUGAAAGAUUUUCUUCUACAACACAGGAAGGAUUACAUUAAUGCUUACAGCCACAUCAUGUCCGAGUAUGGGAGGAUGACAGACACAGAGCGUGACCAGAUAGAUCAGGAUGCUCAGGUGUUCAUGAGAACGUGUGCUGAGGCCAUUCAGCAGCUGAGAACAGAAGCACACAAAGGUGUCCAGUCUGCUCAGGUAAAGGAGCACAGAACAGCUGUCUUGGACUUCAUUGAAGAUUACUUAAAAAGAGUGUGCAAACUGUAUUCUGAACAAAGAGCCAUCCGAGUUAAGCGAGUGAUAGAUAAGAAGAGACUGUCCAGACUCGAACCUGAGCAGAGCAAUGUGUCCAAAUCACCUCUUUCCCCUGAAAAAUCUUCACAGAAUCCUCCAGAUGAUUCUGAAGAAAAGCUUUCUGCUGAGGAAAGCAAAGACAGGAAUCUGCCUGAUACCCAAAGUAACCUUGGACUAUGGGGGGAUGGCAAAGGUGAAGAUGAGCUGUCACCUGAAGAAAUACAGAUGUUUGAACAGGAGAACCAGAGACUUGUUGGUGAGAUGAACAAUCUCUUCGAUGAAGUCAGGCAAAUUGAAGGAAAAGUGGUGGAAAUCUCCAGAUUACAAGAGAUAUUCACUGAAAAAGUCUUGCAACAGGAAACUGAUAUUGACAAUAUCCAUCAAUUAGUUGUGGGUGCAACGGAGAAUAUCAAAGAAGGCAACGAAGACAUAAGAGAGGCCAUCAAAAACAAUGCUGGAUUUAGAGUAUGGAUCUUAUUCUUCCUUGUGAUGUGUUCAUUUUCCUUGCUUUUCCUGGACUGGUAUGAUAAUUAAUUAAACACACUAUUGUCUACAUGCUUCGU